CUCUAAGAUUAAGAGACAACAAUCAUCGUUCUUCUCGGCACAAAGCAAUGGCUUGUCCAAAGCUCUUCUUGUCUUGUUUGUUGCUUCAGUUGAUGUUCUUGUUUCUUGUCCCUGAGGCUGCUCAAGGUCAGGGUCUCAAAGUAGGGUUUUACCGGAAGGCAUGCCCAAACGCAGAGAUCAUCGUGAAGGAAGUCAUUGGCCAAGUCAUGUCCGUUGCUCCGAGUCUCUCUGGCCCUCUUUUGAGGCUGCAUUUUCACGAUUGUUUCGUUAGGGGUUGUGAAGGUUCGGUCUUAUUGAACUCUCCGACCUAUCAAGCCGAGAAGGACGCCCAUCCGAAUCACAGCCUUCGAGGUUUCCAAACGAUCGAUAGAGUCAAAACGGCAUUGGAGAAGGCAUGCCCUGGCAUCGUUUCGUGUGCUGACAUCUUGGCCCUUGUCGCUAGAGACGUUGUCGUCGCGACUGGAGGACUUUUCUAUUAUGUGGAAACCGGACGUAAAGAUGGGAACGUUUCUACUUCGAAGGAGGCGCUUAAUGAUUUAAUACCAUCUAAAGCCAACAUUACAACUCUGAAAAUAGAUUUUGCAAAGAGAGGCCUCAGUGUGAAGGAUCUUGUCGUCCUAUCAGGUGGGCACACAAUUGGAACAUCACACUGCCCUUCCUUCUCCAACCGCCUCUACAACUUCACCGGAAAGGGCGACACCGACCCCACGCUCGACUCCAACUACUUAGCCAGACUGAAGCUCAGUUGCAAGCCGGAUGACCAAACCACUCUCGUCGAGAUGGACCCGGGAAGCGUGAGGACGUUCGACAUCAAGUACUUCAAUCUCAUUGCGAAGAGAAGGGGCCUCUUUACUUCGGACGCCGCACUUCUUGACGACAGCCAAACGAAGGCGUACCUUGACUUCCAGAUCAAGACCGGUGGAUCCACUUUCUUCAAGGACUUUGGAGAGUCGAUGGUGAAAAUGGGUCGGAUUGGCGUGCUGACCGAAACGGCUGGUGAAGUCAGGAAAGUGUGUUCAAAGGUUAAUUAAUUGAGGAUCGUCAAGGAAGACAUAGGAUUGAGCAUGAAUAAAUGGAAAUAAUGGGUUGUUUUGGAAAUGGCCUGUAUUAAUAAUUAUGAUUUUACAUAUGGACAAUUCCUCAAUAUCUUGUUCAUUCACAACAAAAUAUUUUUGUUGUGAUGAGUCUAUAAAAAUAGAGUUAUUUUGCUUAUUUUA